GUGACGAGGAAGAAGGACCUUGCACUUGUUAAACAAGGACAAAAACGUAAUAUCGUAGCAGUGACGCCCCAGUCAAUAUGGCGGAAGGUGGACCACGUCAUCAACCGUCGUCGAUAGAAGGAGAAAGACGCCAGUCACUAGACUCCCAGCUACUGGAAUGUCCCAUCUGUCUGGAGCAGCUGAGACAUCCCAAGUCCCUGCCCUGUCUGCAUUCGUUCUGCCAGGAAUGCCUGGGAAGUUACAUCACAAAGGAAUUGUCAGGUAAGACGGCGUCAGCGUCUUCUUUCUCCUGUCCUGUUUGCCGGAAGGUCACUGAGCCUGUGAGCCAAUCAGAAGCUAAGGAAACCUGGGCUGAACAGUUCCCAACCAAUAAUUUGGCUGUAGAAAUGAUCAAACUGUCGCAGAAGACAAGUGAGAAAACAACAUGCAGACCUUGCGAGAAGAAAGGAAAAAUGAAUGUACCAGUGAAACUCUGGUGCGAACAGUACAAUACUUUCUUCUGUGCAGCUUGCAAAGUAGACCACCAUGACAUGUUUCAUGAAGAAUGUGAACCAAAGGACAUCGCGGACGUUAACAUGUCAGCCAUAAUGCGUCGAGAGGUAUCGCCUAACGAUUGUGGAAAACAUAAUGAGAAAAUGGAGUAUUACUGCGAGGACCACCAGCUCCUUGGAUGCAGCAAAUGCAUUAUCGUCGAUCACAGGAAAUGUGAAGUGGUGAUGUCGAUAGAAGAGUCGCGGGACAAACUCAGAAACAGCUCCAAGAUCGAUGAUCUAAUGGACCUGCUUCAUAAAUGCACAGAAGCCAUGAAGACGCUGAUUAAAGAUAUUGGCGAACAACUUCAGUCCAUUUUCUAUGAUCAAGACACGGCACUGAAAAGUUUAACAGAUCUACGCCAAAACAUUGAUCGGAGGUUCGAUUCGCUACAGAAAGAACUGACGGACAAACUAAUAACACACUUUAAAGAGGAAAAGGAAAAUCUGGAAGUAUCGAGACAGCAAUGUGAACGGCUGAUGUUCGCUAUGCAGAACACAUUGACGUCAUCCGAAGAAGCAACAAUGACAGACAACACUGUAGGGACGAUUUGUCUGUUUCAGAGAGGGCAAGCUGAGGUCGCAUCCUGUAAGGGACUGAUACAGGAACUGGAGAAAUCGUCAGUAUCCACCACCCUGAGACAUGAGUAUGACACGCAAACCUUCGACACAAACACCGAUCUGACCAUGGGGAAAAUAGUUGUUGAUAAACAACAGAGAAAUCUGCCGACAACUACCUUGAGUGUGCCAUUGUCUGAAAGACAACUGAGGAUAAUGGGAAAGUUCAAUAUCAAACUUCCUUCUGAUAAAUCUAACUGUACUUCCUGUGGGAUUAUAUACCUACAUGGUGGUUUCAUUGUCUUAGGGGACUGGGCGAACAAAAAUAUCAAGCUAUUUACAGAAAACGGAGACUUCCUAUGUAACAUCAGUAUGGAUGGGACGCCUGUAGAUCUAUGUCAAGUUGACGACAACACAGUAGCAGUGAUGCUGCGGGAGGACACCAUAUGUAUGGUCAGUGUGGAGGAUUUAAAGUUGACCCUUACAUCAACAAUUAAGUUGUCAAUGACGACUAAAGGAUGCUAUGGUAUAACAUACCGGAAUAACAGGUUUGUCGUCGGCAAAGAUACAUCACUUCAUAGCGUAUCAAGAAAAUUUGGGAUAACAUCAAAAAUUCACACACUAAAAUCAAGGUGUUUGCAUCUCGCUAGCGAUCAUCAAAGUGGACACGUCUUUGCCAGUCUCCAUACCAAUAAUCCUAACGAAUCUGCCGUGACUAGACUUUCAGCCGGCUCGAGCACGGACGUAUUGAAAUCAGGGGUUUUGAAACUUACUACAGGAAUAGACGUAGACAUGGAACACAACGUGUACGUGUGUGGCUAUAAUUCUCACAACGUCAUACAGAUGUCUGGGGACGGGACACAUGUCAGAGAACUACUGUCGUCAUCAGAUGGAAUACAAAAGCCGAGGGCGAUUUCUGUAUGUGGUGACAGGGUAGUGAUCACCAACCAAUCGCCAGAUCAACAGAACACUGUUCACGUGUUCCAGCUUGUUUAAGUCAUACACGUGUACCUCUCUACAUGACGAAGUUGCCGGCGGUAUGAGUCGUACUGAAAUUAAAAUUACUUUUACAAUAGGUGACAAAUAUAGAAAAUAAGAAGAAAUUGUACGUAGACUAGAAAACAAUACUUUGCCACAACAAUUAUACUUAAGGGGAAAUCGGAACGUGCACGUUAAGUCGGUUACUCUACAAAAGAACAGCAGUAACCGGUCAGAAACAAAAACAACAGUAAGACAUUAUGAUACACUAUGAGCAAGGCAAAUAUGAGUUUGAGGACGAUCUUAGAACCUCUCCAUGUAGAUUGAUGGGCUCCCCUCUACUUUGAGGGUAGGACAGAAAUAACUUAAUCCAGGGGCCGAUCUUCGGGAUUGUUUAACCCGAAAGGUUGAGUUUUGUUUGGAGCAUGCCCUCAAUUUAGGUGAUGAUCCAUUUUUGUUCUGUCCUUUCAAUGCUUUGCUUGAAAACCAAACAAUCAACCUAACAUAAUGGAUGGACUUUUAGACGUCGCGAUUGCUGGAACAGAUUUUAGAGUAAAAGGACAAUAUGUUCCUAACACAAGCGAUGGAUAGUGUACCAACUACGGUCUACAUUACAUGAUAGUUUAGUGUCGUUUCUUACAAUAAGGACUUGUCUGUAUACCAACUACGAUCUACAUCACUGGGUGGUUAAGUGUCGUGUCUCAGUAUCAAGGCUUGUCUGCAUACAAUGUAUAGUCUACAUCACUGGGUGGUUAAGUGUCGUGUCUCACUAUCACGGCUUGUCUGCAUACACAUUAUGUUCUACAUCACUUGAUUGUUAAGCUUUAAUGAUUUUGUUUGCGUACCUAUAACGGUCUAUAUCACUUGGUUACUAAGUGUCGUGUCUCACAAUAAGAGCUUGUCUGCAUAUUAGGUUCCGGAUGGUCUAGUUUUACUCUAUGGCUUUGUGUCUCCCUGUGGUGUUGUGCUAUCUUGUGGGUUAGUGUUACUUGUGGUUAAGUGUAAGCCAAUGAUUUAGUGUUACCCUGUGGUUUAGUUUAACGCUGUGAUUAAUUAGUGUUACCAUGUGGUUUAGUGUUAUCGCGUUGAUUAUUGUUAUCCAGUAAUGUUGUGUUACCCCUCGGUCUAGUGUUAACCCGUGGUUUAGUGUUACAGAGCUGUACCAUGUGGUUAAGUGUUACCCAUUGGUUUAGUGUAACCCUGAUGUUUAGUGUUAUCCUGUGGUUUAGUGAUACCCUGAUGUCUAGUGUUACCCUGUGGUUUAGUGUUACCCUGGUGCUUAGUGUUAUCUUGAUGAUUAGUGUUACCUAGAUGCUAAGUGUUAUCCAGAUGUUUAGUGUUACCCAGAUGUUUGGUGUUACCCUGUGGUUAAGUGUUACCCUAAUGUUUAGUUUUACCCCGUGGUUUAGUGUUACCCUGAUCUUAAGUGUUACCCUGAUGUUUUGUGUUACCCUGAUGUUAAGUGUUACCCUGUGGUUUAGUGUUACCCUGAUGUUUAGUGUUACCCUAAUGUUUAGUUUUACCCCGUAGUUUAGUGUUGCCCUUAUGUUUAGUGUUACCCUGAUCUUUAGUGUUACUCUGUGGUUUAGUGUUACCCUGAUGUUUAGUGUUACCCUAAUGUUUAGUUUUACCCCGUAGUUUAGUGUUGCCCUUAUGUUUAGUGUUACCCUUAUGUUUAGUGUUACCCUGAUCUUUAGUGUUACUCUGUGGUUUAGUGUUACCCUGAUGUUUAGUUUUACCCUUAUGUUUAGUGUUACCCUGAUGUUCAGUGUUACCCUGAUGUUUAAUGUUACCAUGAUGUUUAGUGUUACCCUGAAGUUUAGUGUUACCCUGAUGUUUAGUGUUACCCUGAUGUUUAGUGUUACUUUGUACCAGUUAUCAGGCAUUGAUGUAACUUUGAUGUAAUAAAAUAAGUAAUUAAAAUACUUCGAUGUUAUAAAAUAAGUGACAUAUACUUUCUUGUAAUAAAAUAAGUGACUGACAUACUUUGAUAUAAUAAGAUAAGUGACAAAUAUACCUCCUUGUAAUAAAAUAAGUGACUUGCAUACUUUCACAUCAUAAAAUAAGUGACUAACAUUCUUUGAUAUCAUACAAUAAGUGACUGGUAUACUUCGAUGUAAUAAGAUAAGUGACUUACAUACUUUGAUGAGAUAAAAUAGCUGACUGACAAACGUAUAUGUAAUAAAAUAAGUGACUUGUAUUCUUUCAUGUAAUAAAAUAAUUGGCUGUUUUAAAAUAAUGUAUUAAUAUACUUUGAUGUAAUAAGAUAAGUGACAAAUAUACUUGACUGCUUUAAAAUAUUGACUGAACAUCUUGUUUAUACGGCACUUACCACCACACGGCUGGUUUAAUGGCUAACCUUUUGUAUCAUGGUGUUGAAUCACAAUAAACAAACCGUGUUUGUUUUUUUGUUUUCUAUUGUUUAACGACCACUCGACACUUUGAGUCAA